AUGACUACUCCGGUGGUUAUUAAUUCUAGUAGACAGGCUAUUUCUAUUGAAACGGAAGGUGUUCUUAUAUCUUUUGUUCAUGCUAGUUGUUUUCAAGUUACACGAAGAAGCUUAUGGCAGCAGCUUUCUUCAGUUGAUAAUAAUACUCCCCGGUUGGUCAUGGGUGAUUUUAAUUGUGUGCUUCAUAAUGAUGAAAAUAAAGGGGGUUGUGAACCACGUACUUCAGCUAUUAAUGAAUUCAGUGAUUGGCUAGAUGACAAUAACCUUUUUGAAGCUGAUUCUUUGGGUUCUAAAUACACUUGGGCCAAUGGUCAAUCAGGUGUUCAUAGAAUUCUUUGCAAGUUGGAUCGGGCCGUCAUUAAUGAAGCAUGGCUUACGAAGUUUGAGAAUUGGCGGUGUAAAGCUCUUCCUCGUGAAGUUUAUGAUCAUUCUACGCUUAUAAGCUAUCCUUUUGUAAAUUCAAGACCUAAAAGAGCUCCUUUUAGAGUUCAAAAAAUGUGGUUCACUCAUCCUGAUUUCAUGCGUAUGGUUAUGGAGAGUUGGAAUGCUCCUGUUUCUGGUUCCCCUACUUAUAUCUACCCCUUCAAGCUUAAGAGAAUAAAGGCUGACAUGAAGGAGUGGAAUUUACGUGUUCUAGGUAAUAUUAAUGCUAGACUCAAACAUGCUAAAUUAAUAAUGGAAGUUGCUCUUCAUAUUUCUGAUGAGGAUCCGGAAGACGUAACUAAGCUGAAUUUUGCAAAGGAGGCUUCGGUUACGCUUCAGGAAAUCCUUAUGCAUCAAUCCAUUAUGUUGAAGCAAAAAUCUCGUAAUAAGUGGCUUACUAACGGUGCAAGUAAUACUUCUUUCUUUCAUGCCAAUAUUCCAACUCGCAGGAGCAGCAAUAUGAUUUCAGAAUUGGUAGAUGAUGAUGGGAAUAUUCUCUCUAAUUGUGACCAGAUUAGAGAUUACACGGUGUCUUAUUUUGAGUCUAAAUUUAAUGGGGAAGAGCUUCCAAUUGAUGAGCAUGACAUUAUCUCUACGGAGGAAAGUCAAAGAAUGGAUGUGAUUCCUACUUAUGAUGAAAUAAAGGUUGUUGUUUAUGACCUUGAUGCUGAUAGUUCUCCAGGACCUGAUAGUUUCUCCAGAUGUUUUUAUAGACAUUGUUGGGACGUGAUUCAACAAGACUUAUACAAUGCUAUUAUUUAUUGUUGGCAACAACAAAGGAUUCCUAAUGGGAUCCUAGCUACAAGACUUGGAAGUGUUCUUGACAAGCUGGUUUCGGAGGAGCAAGUUUCUUUUAUGAAGGUUAGAAAUAUUCAUGAGAACAUCAGUGUGGCGUCGGAGAUGGUGAAUGAUCUGAAAACUAAGCGGAAAGAUGGCAAUGUGGUCUUUUUUUUGCUAAGUCCAAAUGGUUUAUUGCAGCAAAAAACGUAA